GGAUCCCAGCUCAUGAGGGACCUUCAAAAUGUUCGUGGGGAAAGCCCCGUAUUAUUUUUUCCACGAACUUUUUAAAGCCCCUUCGAAUAUUUCAGGUGACACCAGGGCCAAGGAGGGCAGAGAACCCAAGUCACAGAGCCAGCCAGUGGCCUGAAAAGUCUGAUUAGAUCUGGACAGAGAUGAAUUCUGUGAACUGCGGUCACCUCAUCCCUAUGCUGCGGGCCAUGCCUUUCUGUGCCUCCCAGCUGCCCGCCUGGGGAGCCCGGGAGAGGCACCCUCCCGAGGUGCCACACUGGCCCAUGCUGACUACCUGGCUCUCUGGCUCAGGCCGCCACUGCCGAUGUCAUGAGUAACACCACGGUGCCCACUGUCCCCGAGGCCAACAGCGACUCCAUGGUGGGCUACGUGCUGGGCCCCUUCUUCCUCAUCACCCUAGUCGGGGUGGUGGUGGCCGUGGUAAUGUACAUACAGAAGAAAAAGCGGGUGGACCGGCUUCGCCACCACUUGCUCCCCAUGUACAGCUACGACCCUGCUGAAGAGCUGCAUGAGGCUGAGCAAGAGCUGCUUGCUGACAUAGGAGACCUCAAGGUGGGCCAUGGCUGGCAGAGCGGCUACCAACACAAACGGAUGCCCUUGCUGGAUGUCAAGACCUGAACUGGCCCUGGCCCUGGAGUGUCUGAUCCUGUAACUGCUGCACACACACCCCACCUACGCUCAUC